GAGAGAGAGAGAGAGAGAGAGGGGAGGAGAGUGGAAGUUACAAGCUGAGGGAACUCUUGGGUUUUCUGUGAUCCGUGCCGAGGUCAGCAGGCACAGAGGAGCAGCUGUGGGAUCUGGGGGUCGGAGUCGGACACCCACACGGGGCACAGGUGGAGACACGGCUGGGAAUUCCCACAGCUACUGCCGGGACUCGCGCUCCAUUCUGGGCUACCCGGCGAGCCUGAGGGUCAAAUGUAAGAAAGUCGGGUCUGCAGGCUCUCGCGCUGAUACGGCACACUGCUGGACCUCCUGACUGUGUUCUGAGAGACAUGGUACAGUUUGGACUAAUCACAGCUGCAGGCCCAGAGCAUGGAGAAGUCAAGUAGUGAGGAGUCCGUCAUCCACCGUAGCCCCUCGGCAGACAGCCGUGACACUGAGUUUGCCCACGCCUCCGCCUCGGGCCGGCCGUUCGGGGGCAGGGGCUUCACCGCAGGCGCUUUUUACGGGUCGGCUGGACCACGGCCGCACACGGCCGGUCGCAGCCAGGACGCGGCUUCGGGCGAAAAGAGCAGCAAGUUGGGCGGUCCGAAGGGCAGCAAGUACGUGGUGUUUUACCUGGAUCUGUCCUUUGUGUUCCUCCUAGAGUUCAAGAAGUGCAACAUGGCCAGAGGCUGCCUGUGCUGUCUGAAAUACGCCAUGUUCUUCUUCAACCUCAUCUUCUGGUUGUGUGGCUGUGGUCUCCUGGGGGUGGGGGUUUGGCUGGCUGUAUCUCAGGGCAGCUUUGCCACCUUCUCACCCUCCGUCCCCUCCCUGUCUGCUGCCAACCUGGUUAUUGCCAUAGGCGCUAUCGUCAUGGUGACCGGCUUCCUCGGUUGCCUAGGUGCCAUCAAGGAAAACAAGUGCCUGCUCCUGAGCUUCUUCAUCGUCUUGCUGGUUAUUUUGCUGGCAGAGCUGAUCUUACUCAUCCUCUUCUUCAUCUACUCAGAUAAGGUCAGUAAGAAUGCUAAACAGGACCUGAAGGAUGGUCUGUCCCUCUACUACUCUGACAGCAACAUUGGCCUGAGGAACGCCUGGAAUAUCAUCCAAGCUGAGUGGCAGUGCUGUGGGGUGAGUGGAUACACAGACUGGCACGAGGCCUUCAAGGAGAAGGUGGUGCCUGACCGCUGCUGCCAGGAGCACUACCAGGAGUGUGGCCGCAACGCCACCAAUGAGUUCUGGGAGCGGGGCUGUUUUGAGAAGGUGGAGGAGUGGUUGGAUGACAACAAACAUCUGCUCGGUACAAUCGCCAUGUGCAUCGUGGUGGUGCAGACGGAGCUCCUCGUUAAGGUACUGAGGGCAGUUGGAGUCACAGUGACCUGUGUCAUCCUGACCCUCCGAGUUGCUGCAGACUGAGACUCCGAAGUCUCUCUCUACGUGCCCGACACCCUCACGACACUCCGACUUCUUGGCAUUGACAGCGUAGAUGCUCGGCCAUUAUAGCAGUAGGACUGUGCGCUGAUCCGUCGGACGAUGCUCUGUUUCCCAGUGCCGAGUGUUCGAGGUGUGACGGGCAGGAGGCACAUCGAUCAUGGCGUGUCUGUUCCCAUGGCGCUGAGGAGGGGAGCGUUCUCUGUGUUGGCAGGGUCGACCCUAACCCUAAAGAUGAUGUGGCUCAGAUCCAGCUCAGCCUUUGUUUGACGUGACCAUCCACAUUGUCUGAAACAGGCAGAUCACAGUGACUGCAUCUUUACAGCUCAAUUUAUCUCCGCAACAUACUGCCACUCUGUCACAUGUAAUUCUUCACUUCGGAGAAGAAAGGAGGUUCCUCACCUCAGAAUGGCACUGAGAGGGAGGGUCAUCUGCCUCAAUGCUGCAUCUCAGUGCUGUACUUUCCAGUGUGUGUCUCACUCCAGUCUCCCUAAAUCUCUGUUCUUUUGCAGGUCCUGGGUAUGGCCUUCUCCAUGACACUGUUCCAUCAAAUCCACAGAACGGGGAAGAAGUACGAUGCCUAGGCUGAACGCAGGGGGCGGGGGGCGUGGGGGCAGGCUCUACAGCGUUUUUAUUGGACUGACUUUGGAGGACUGCUCCACCCUCCUGUCAUUGACCACGCCCCCUAACGUUCUCCUCGCCUGCACAGACCUCUGCCCCCCCGAUGCCACGCCCACCAGAGAGAAGGCAGGGCAGAACAAGAACUCCAGCUGCCAACAGGAAGUCCUCUACAACCUUUCUUUUGUACACAUUCAUUUUGGACUAACUGAUGUUUGCAGGAACGAAAUCAUAUCACGACAAGCGCUUUGCUAAUGCUCUCACUCGCGGAGGACUAAGAACUGUGCCGCCUCUGAACAGUGUCCAUGUGUUCAAAUCUCCUGAGUCUUCUACUCUAAGAAAAACUUUUUGUCAUUUCAGUGGUAUUUUUAAUUUUCUAUUUUUGCUACCCCCUUUAAUUCUCAAUUUUAUGCAACUCCACAUAAGAGGCUGUAUGUGACUGCUUUGUAGGAGACAGAGUACAGACAGACAGCAUACAGACAGACAGCGAACAAACACACAGACAACAUACAGACACACAGACGGCAUACAGACAGACAGCACAGACAGACAGACAGCAUACAGACAGAGAGACGGCAUACAGACAGACAAACAGUGUAGUGGUCUUGGUUGUUGGUGUUCUCAGACUUGUUGGUCCAUAAUUGUGACGAUUUAAAGGUUUCACACAGACUGGCCCAUGUGUCUGGAUAUAGGCAAUCAUGGACAUUUCAGUCUGGAUUUCUGUAUGUUACAUUUCUACACAAUUAAGGUAAUUGUUGUUAUUAUUAUUAUUAUUAUUAUUAUGGACUACAAUGUCUAUUUUGAGAUGACAUGCAAGGAUGUUCCCACAUGGCGUUCUGUACCAUGUAGAUGCAGUGCUGUACAGUUGAAACGGAGCAAAAGGAAAAAGAAGGGUUAAAGUUAGCGGAGCGUGUCCACCACGGAACGUGUCCAUCAUGGAACGUGUCCACCACACAGCAGUGCCCUCCACAGACGUCCAGACAUCAUAAGGUCAUGUGAUCAGUCUGCGUUCUCUCUGCUGUGUAGCCUAGCUGUUCAUGCUGAGCUUUUCUCUUGUCCUGUGUUUCAUUGUAUAUUCUGGGAAUCAGGAAUGUGGCGUAGACGUCUUGACCGCCUCCUUUUCAGAUGACAGUCCUGUCCUUUCCUCUAGUUCGGUUUCUGCUGUGGAAGUCUUUGUGUCUCCUGCCUAUGAGUGAGUGGAAGGGGCCUGAUCAGCACUGACGGCUAACGAGGCUAACGAGGCUAACGAGGCCUGAAGUGGGAGGUCAUCUCGUUACACCUCAUUACGCUUCCUUAUGUUUCAUUGCUGCACACAAAUUAUUCUACCGUAGUCAUCAGCUAACCCAUCUCCACCCAGGCUGCCACGCCCGUGGAACUGUUGGAGGUCGGGGUUUAGUUGGUGCUGUGCUUAUAAAUCCACCCCUCGUCUAACCAGGUCUGACGGAGACAGGGUUUUGCGGUUUACUGAACUGUAGGGAGUGUUGAAGUUAAACCGUCAGGGCCCAGAGGUGGUCAGCAGUUCAGAUUUACAUCCUGAAGGUGCAGACCAUUGGAGAAGAGGCACCAUGUUUGAGGAGGUGUAUGGAGAAAGAGGAACAGCUGCCAGGAAACAGUUACCAAACAUCACAGUGCUGGACUCACACAGGAACUGCACACACUGUUUUGUGGUGUUUUUUGUGUGUUUGUUUUUGUUUUGCAUGGCAAAACUGUCUCCAGUAGGCAGAACUCCAGCGACACAAACAUAAUGGAGAGUGUGGCAGUCGAUGAAGGCUGAUGGGUCACGUGAUUACGUUAAAUCCACUCACGUACAGGACAGGAGACACUAUCUUGUGUAAUUCUGCUACAUGAUGACGUGCAGCGGGUCAAGGUCGUCAGCAGUGCCAAACCCAGCCUCCAUAAUCUUAGUUUGACUUUUUUACAGAUAUGAACUGUUACCGUGACCUUCCAAGUGUAGAUAACCACUUGCAUUUGGAAAGCAUUACAAUCAUUAUUCCAUCUGAAGUUUGGCUACAGUCAGAUGAGUUGCAUGUGAAGGAAUGAUGAAGUUAAAUAUUAUGCAAAAUUAACAACAGUAUUGCACAAGUGGUUUUAACUUCCUUAAUCAUUUUGAAAUCACCAUGAAGUGUUAGAAAGGAUGUGUGUAAUAUCUACCUGCACACGGGACAAACUUAACAUCUGUUCAUUUUGAACUUUAACAUAAGUUAAUUUGUAAACGUUCCCUUUUUGUGUUUAUAUUGGUUGUCAUAUUCCAUAUGGGGUUUCUCUCUAAAACAAGCUGAGCACUAUGAGAAGGGCACCAACUUAACAGAAUUAAAAUUUUGAAAAUGUACCAGUUUGACUGCCUGAAUGUCAGAGGUGCAGAUCCGUUUUGGGGCGCCGUUGGCACAGGGACAGACUUGUAGCAGGCAAAGUUUUGGUGCGCUUUCAGAAGUAUCUCUCUUUCAAACUUUUGCAUAAUUGGCUCAAACCAGCAUGCUUACCAUAAACUCCUCUAAAGCUCUGGGUGAGUUGUCUCUCUGCUAAUGCUUUACACUUUAAACUCUCUGUGUUUUUUGCUCGCUGACUAAAUCCAUCGGGCUCCUUUCUCCUGGCACAGUCAAGAACCAUCAGCUUUUGGGUUUGGGUUUGUGUUUGUGUUGUAUAUACGUCAUGUUCUCUCAGCGCCCUGUUUUUACCCAGUUGGUGUUUUUAGAUGUGUUUCGUUUGUUUACAGAUGUGUUUGUUAUUUCUGCAUUUGUUACUCUGUUGUGUGCAUGUUGCUAUUUGUUGUUUGCUUAUUUUGUGCUUGUGUUGCUCACAACUAUUAUCCAAGUAUUCCAAUCAUCCUCUGAUGCUUUGCUACAAAAUGACUUGAUUGGUUUGAAAAGAAGGGAUUUGGAAAGUAGCUGAUGCUGUCAUACCCGUGCUGUGGUGCUAUAGUGCGAUGCCAGCGUCGUCAUACCCGUGCUGUGGUGCCAUAGUGCGAGGUCAGCAUCGUCAUACCCGUGCUGUGGUGCUAUAGUGCGAUGCCAGCGUUGUCAUACCCGUGCUGUGGUGCUAUAGUGCGAUGCCAGCGUUGUCAUACCCGUGCUGUGGUGCUAUAGUGCGAUGCCAGCGUCGUCAUACCCGUGCUGUGGUGCCAUAGUGUGAGGUCAGCGUCGUCAUACCCGUGCUGUGGUGCUAUAGUGCGAUGCCAGCGUUGUCAUACCCGUGCUGUGGUGCUAUAGUGCGAUGCCAGCGUCGUCAUACCCGUGCUGUGGUGCCAUAGUGUGAGGUCAGCGUCGUCAUACCCGUGCUGUGGUGCUAUAGUGCGAUGCCAGCGUCGUCAUACCCGUGCUGUGGUGCCAUAGUGCAAGGUCAGCGUCGUCAUACCCGUGCUGUGGUGCUAUAGUGCGAUGCCAGCGUUGUCAUACCCGUGCUGUGGUGCUAUAGUGCGAUGCCCAACAUGCCAACUAGUGGACUGAACCUUUCUGAGUGCUGUGUUGGAGGUCAUGGUGGGUAGAAGUUCCAAUGUCCUGUUCCCCCAAAUUUGUCCUCUGGAGGGUUGCUACAUGUAAAACACUAUAAAUAUCUAUAUUAGGUGGUGCACUAAAUUUCAUUCUAUAAAAUCCAACUAUUUUUUAAAUAAAGUUUGUUGCUAAAUUCCAGGAUAAUGUAGUUAAUAAUUUUCAAUGACUAAAAUGUUUUUUUAUGCAGUAUUUCAGACACAACACUGAACAUUUAUCACUGAACCUAUAUCAUCUCUGCAUGAGGUACUGCUGGUGUUUCUAUGGUGAUAAACAUCCUGAAACCACAAUGGGGAUUAAUGUGGCUCCUGCCCGUGAACCCAUGGAGCUUUAAAUGAGAUGUUCAUUACGACAGGAGAGAAUAACGAGGUUUAAAACCGAUUCUGCACACCUCCACGUAACAGUGUGCAGGAUGGAGGUAACAGUUUGAUCCAAGUGCAGGAUUAUUGUUAUUUUCUUAUAUGAUCGAUAUUGUUAUAUUGAUCAGUAUUGUUAUAUUGAUCAUACAUAUGUACAUGCUUGUCUUCUAAAUACAUACCUCUAUAUUCUUAUUUUGUAUUUAGUUCCAUGUAAUUAAAUAAACUUGCUAGAAUUGCUUGAUCCCACAUUACUGACUGUUUACAAAACAAAACUAAGAACAUGGAGCUGUUUUCUGGAGAUUCGCUCAGCCUUGGCAUAAACAUGGAAGAGGAACAUACAGGGACAUCCUCGAAAUGGACAUCACUGCCCUCAAAGUAAAAGGGAUAAAAAUGAGUGAAUAAAUAAAACAAGCUAAACACUUAAAUGGUGUGAAA